AUCCAACGAAAGACUUCAUGUAUCUAGCCUAACUCUUAAUAUAUCACUAGGCUUGUAAAGUCUUGUGGGGAUGAGUAUUACAAGACAAUUUAACAAUUGAUGCAAUGAAGAACAUUAAAAAAUGAAGAUAAAAUAGUGUAUCUUGCAGCCAUGAUUGGGAAAACAAGCCAUAAGCAUAGAGUUUAAUUGAAAUCUAUUGUCAGUUGAAACUGAGUAGUUAUCAGUGGAAAGAUGAGGGAAGGGUGCAGCAAAGUAUGCGUCACAGGAGCUAGUGGUUACAUAGCUUCCUCUCUGGUGAAGAAGCUCUUGGCCAAGGGUCACAGCGUCCAUGCAACUCUCAGAGACUUGAGUUUGUAUACAGAGAACGAGUCAAAGGUGAGCCUCUUAAAGAGCCUUCCACAAUCAGAAGGGAAACUGGUGCUGUUUGAAGCUGAUAUUUACAACCCAAAUGACUUUGACCAUGCAAUUGAAGGCUGUGAGUUUGUCUUUCAUGUUGCUACUCCCAUGAUCCAUGAUCCUGGCUCCCAGCAGUACAAGAAUACUUCUGAAGCGGCAAUGGCUGCGUCAAAAAGCAUUGCCCUGUCUUGUGUGAGAGCAGGGACGGUGAAGCGUCUCAUCUACACCGCGUCUGUUGUUUCUGCUUCUUCUUUGAAAGAAGAUGGGAGUGGUUUCAAAGAUGCAAUGGAUGAAACUUGCUGGACCCCUCUAAAUGAUUCCUUGGCAUAUGUAUACCCAGAUGAUCCUUUUUAUAAGGACUAUACUUAUUCAAAGACACUGUCGGAGAAACAUGUGUUGAGCUACGGGAACGAUGAAAAUGGUGGAGGAUUGGAGGUGGUAACACUCCCUUGUGGGCUAGUGGGAGGCGACACCCUUCAAUCUUCUACACCCGUUAGCGGAGUAGUUUGUAUCGCACAGAUCAUGCAAGAUGCAAGGGCGUACAUAUCACUCAAGUUCCUAAAGAAAUUGCUGGGGAAAAUUCCUCUUGUACACAUUGAUGAUGUCUGUGAAGCUCAUAUUUUCUGCAUGGAAAGUACCUCGAUCAGUGGAAGAUUCUUGUGUGCAAGUUCAUAUAUUUCAUUAGAAGAGAUGGCUAAUCAUUUCGCUCUUCAUUAUCCAGAAUUCAAUGUGAAACAAGAAUAUGAAGAUGAGCUGAAGAAGGAUAUCAAGUGGGCCUCAACAAAGCUGUGUGACAAAGGAUUUGUAUACAAAUAUGACGCCAAGAUGAUAUUAGAUGAUUGUAUCAAAUGUGCAAGAAGGAUGGGUGAUCUCUAGUCUCCAUCUACACCCAUGCUUGCCAUAUCUGCUUGUAAUACGAUAUAUAGCAGGCGUCUGCCUCAUUUCUUCUCGUUCCCUAUCCAAAUGUUAUUACCAUUGUUUUUGUCAUUUUGUUAAAAAAUAAACUCAGUUUCAAAUCAAUUAGAAAAGUGAAUUAACUGAGACUA